GUGCCUAUGAAUUUCAGAUUGUUUUACUUUGACAUAUUUAUUUGUUUAGGAUUGUCUUCUUCGAGCUCGUCGACACUCACGAUGGAUAGCGUUUAUAGAUCUGGAUGAGCGAUUGACUCUAACUAAUGUAGAAGGAACCAUCUAUGACUAUUUGAAAAACGUCUCUGAUCCUUCUUUUGGUGGUAUUCAGUUCAGGCAAAGAUGGAUUUUGAAAAACGAAUCACUACCGGAACGCUAUGCCGACGAGAAUCAGGUAAUCAAAAUUAAGGUUUCAAAGCGAUUUUAG